GUUUACCCUGUCCAUUCUUGCAAGGUAAACACUGAAAAUCUCUCAAGUUUCUUGGCAUAGAUGAUUUCAUCCGGAGCACGUAAUGAAUGGAGUGCAAAAAUACGGAUUUUCUUGUGUGAAUGCUGCCCUUCCGUGCAAGUAGCUUCAGACCACACAGCUUAGUCGCACAGGCUGGAUAAGCAGUUUGAGAACAGCAGCGAAAUAGAUAAAUAAGAGUGCUCCAUUCUUAUCGCAGUUUGAAUACAUUUUCUCUCUUCUGCAUCUGCAGCGACCUUGGCUGCUGUUGAGUGUCAGGUGACCUUGGAUGGCAGUUGGCAAGCCAACUCCCACAGCCUUUGCAGUGUCACUCCGUUUGUUGUGCCCUCAAGGCUUGGAAGAGACAUCACGAAGAAAGAGAUGGCUAGUGAGCUGUAUUGAUCUUCAUAUCUUUGUUGCCAGAACUGUAACCUUGCCAUACCGGCUGGCUGGCGGAGAUGGCAUCAUUCACGCAUUCUCAUGGAUCAGACGCAGCGCAAGAUGUCCUGCAAACCUCUUCUGCCAAUCCUGAAGUCUCAGCUAGCCGUCGUUCUUCAAACCCACUGCGGCCGAGAGAAGAAACAGAGCGAGAAAGGAAAGUCCAAGGCAGAUUCAACAGCUCGAGAGAAUACGUCUCCGACUGCUUCUGAUUCCUCUCCGGGAGUAACCCAGCUUCGCGCCCGAGAGUUUCUUUCUUCUCAAAUCAAGCUUGAUAUUGCAAACUCUCUUCACUCCUUGUCAUUGAACUUCGCGGCGAUGGCUCAACACUUUGGAGUUGGAGGCACCGUCACAGUUCCGGCUAGAGAGUGUCCUUCUACUUGGGAUGGAGUUUUGCAGGCUGAACAUGACUUGGUUCAUGGCAUUUCUGAAGAAGUAGAAUACGAUGAAGAAGACGAGGAGAGCCUUUUUGCGGAGGAGGAAGAAAAUGAAAUGGACAUUAGUAGUUAG